AAAUAAUUCAGACAGAGAGAGGGAAGCUAUUUUCACUGCUGCAAGACGUUCUGUGGGAACCUCGAUCUUGAGAAAGUCGAAUUUAUGAUACAACAUUGUAUAAGAAAUACAUUUUGUCGUGACACAGGGGAAGAGUGGUAUCAAAUUUUCCAAGUUCCCCAAAAGAAAACCUGAUUACUUGAAACCAGAUUUUUUGAUCUAAUUUCUUUAAUUUAUACACAAGUACCGGAAUUUAGCAAUGCCCCCUAAAAAGAAACAAACACCUAAAAGUAAGAGAAAAGCUAGGCUAAAGUUUUUAGCAAAGCGUUUAGCAAAUCAGCAAAAACCUCGUUUAGUACCUGGAUUGAAAGGAUUUUUGGUUACUGGUGUUAACCACAAGAAACAGAUGAUUACUAAAGAAGCAUUUGACUUAUUAAAUGAAUUUGUUGAAGAGCUAUAUGGUCCUGAAUUAGGGAAUUCUCAAAAUGCAUUUUCCGAUGAAGUUAACGUGGGAACACAGUCGGUAUCAGAUUUACAAACUCCCAAAUCAAAUGGGAGACUUCAAGAACUUCCUACAACACUGAGGGGUGUCUUUUUCUUCAAAACUAUUGUACCUGAUCCUAUGCAAGUAGUUACUUCUAUUUUUGAAAGCGUACUCAAAUCUAAAAGUAGAAAAACUGAAUUCAUUCAAAAGUUGAAGCCAAUAACCAUAACAUGCAAAGCAUUUGAAGAUGAUAUCACUCAAGCUCUUGAUGCAUUUUUAUCUGAGUACUCUCUACAAGAAGAAAACCAAUAUCUUUUUUAUAACAUUGAGUGCAACAUCCGACGUAAUGGACGUAUUUCAGUAGAACAUAUACGGUGGUUAGUGAAGGAUUCAAUAGGAAAGUUUGCUCCAAAAUGGUAUGAAGGACCAAAUCCGCAGAUUGUCUUAUCUGUUGAUAUUCUGCGCCGCAUGUGUUGUAUAGGAUUUUUGAAAAAAUAUAACAACUUCAGAAAGUAUAACUUAGGUUUAAUAAACAAUAAAAAAUCACUGAUUGAUACAGUCAAUCAAAGCUACCAAUUGCAGCAUGGCGGGCAUUUAGAGAUGCAAAGUGGCAGCUCCAACUGGUUACCAAUGCCGUGAUUGUUGAUUCAUAAUUUUGAUUGCAUAGCAUUAUGUGUCUACAAAAUGAAAUGAUUGUUUCUUCAGAGACCGAGCUAAAUAUUCACCACCUCGCCAAAUGCAAUAAAAUUGUCAAUUCAGCAAAGGUAUUAGCAAACAGAAAAAUCUUCAAAAUUUCCACAAAAACAGAAAAGAAAGGUUUUCCCCUCAAUCCUCGAAACCAUUAUUAGAAAUUGAAAUUCUGCAAGAAAAAGCUAACAAUUUAGGAACUCAAUGUUUUAUGCAUAGAGUGUUUAUUCAACUUAAGAGUAUGCUGCAUAUUUAAAAUAUAAGCACUUGCAUUGUAUAAUUUAUGUUCCUUUGAUUUCUGAUUGGUUUUCUUAAAAAAUUUAAAUUCUCAAUUAAAAUUUAUUAAAUUAAGGUCUUUAGCUAUUUUUUUUAGGAUUUCGCUAAAACGUUUAACAUUUGACUUAUUUGUUGGCUAGCAAUUUAAAAUUCCUAGCCACAAGCCCUCUUUCUUUAUUGGUAUUAAUGAGUAUUUUUACAUACGUUUCUUUUAUCUGACAGUAGAGACGUACAGAGUCGCACUUUGGCCGAGUACUGAGUUACUGAGUACCGAGUUUCAAUUAUGUUUUAAGAAGAACUAACGACACAUAUGUGAUGAAUUUCGAACUCAUUUGAGUAGUAGUAUAGACCUCCAUGUCACAAUAAUAGUUUUUAUAACAAAACUAAAGCUGAAAUUUAAAUAUGCACUAUUUAAAAGAUUUUGUUUGUGUCAAUAAUUUUACAAAUUAGUUAUUUUUUAAAUUAAAAUUAAAUAAAUAAAAAGUAGGAUUAAUCAAGUUGGAAUUAUAUAAAACAAAUUAUAGCAAUCUAUAUACUUCUAGUCCACCAAAGGUAAAUAUUUUUUAAAAGCAAAUGAAACAACAUUAAAAGCACAAAUGUGCAGGAGCACUGCAGACACAUGUUUCUGCAUUACAAGGAAUGUCUUUUUCAGUGCAUAAAAUGUGAGCUAAUGAAUGUAAAAAAAUCUGACUUUUGUCGUAUGUCUUUAAAUCUAUAAGCUCAUAUUUUGUGCAUUGAAAAAAGCAUUCUUUGUAAUGCCAAAACACGUGUCUGCAUUGUUCCUGCACAUUCGUGCUUUUAACCUUAUUUUAUUUUUUAAGAAAAGAUAUUUUUAUGCUUCUUAUAAAUAAUUUUGUUUGUGGCAAAAAUAAUAUAAAAAUUUCGUAUUUUAUGUACUUUCCUUUUAUGCCCCAUUUUUAAUUAAUAAGUUUCAUUAACUUUCUGGCAUUAAAAUAAAUGAUUUACUCCAUUGAAGCAUAACAAACUUCAUUAUUCUCAAAAUUUAUAUUUGACUUGUAAAUUUGAAUUAUAAAUGAUUGCAGUUAUAUUAUAUGCUUGCACUUUUUUAUCAAUUAUAAAGUCUGCUUUGAACAAUAUUCAAUUUUUUACAACUACUCGGUAUUGGCCGAGUACCUGAUCAAAAUUUGGCCGAGUACCGAGUACUCGGGGAAAUUGGCCAAGUAGGCCGAGUACCGAGUAGUUUCCGAGUACUCGGUACGUCUCUAUCUGACAGGAUGUUCUUUUAAACUGAUAACAUAAUUUAAUAUUUAAAGUUAUUUAAAAGGUUUCUGAACAUACUCUUUAGUGCUGAAUAUUAUGUAAAUUCUGUGAAAAAAUAUGCGUGUUAAAAUGAUUUCGAUCUUCAUAUAAAGUGGAAAUAAAGAAACUUAAAAAUUAACUUUGCUUCAACCAUCCAUUCUUGGUAAAUUGUGCAAGGCAUGCAGCAGAAUGUGGGGCAAAGUGAAAUGGUUAAGAUGGCUAAGCUUUUUCAAAAUGAACAAAUUGGAAAUUUGUUUUGAAAAUUACAGUACAUUAAGAAAGAACAUAAUAUUUUAUAAUAAAAUUUGCAUUGAAACAUGAUUUACUAUUUUUGGCAGUAAAAUUGUUCCUUCAAAAAAAAAAAAAAAAAACGGAAAUUUUCCACUUUUUUUUCCAUGGGGCAAAGCGAAUAACGAUACUUCUGGGAGUUAAAAAAUAUUGUUUUAGACAGGUUAUCAUUAUAGACAGUUUGAUUAUUUAUGCUGACAUUUUGCUGGUACCAAAAAAAAAUACUGUUAUAGACAGAUUUAUUGUUAUAGACAGUAUUGUUAUGCACAGGUUUCACUGUAUAUGAUUCGAUACUGAUUAAAAAUAAAACAUGGCAUAAAAAA